AUGGGUCCUUCAUACAACAAAUUGUUUCGACCUUUGCUCUCUGAGCUCAAUCCUGUAGUAGGUGAUGCCGGGGAUAUUUCACACAUCCGGGUUGAAAAUUGCGUUGGAUUUGUCAAAGUGCCGUUAGGAAUUACAGGUCCCUUGCUGGUUACUGGCCCCGAUCUCCCGCUUGGGCAUAUUUUUGCCCCUCUAGCAACCACCGAGGCUGCUUUAGUAGCAAGUUGCUCUCGGGGAUGCAAAGCAUUCAAUCUUUGUGGGGGGCUCAAGUUUGAGAUCAUCGGUGACAGCAUGUCUCGCGCUCCUGUAUUCACCUUUGAAACCCCAAAAGAAGCUAUCGAUUUUGCGAGAUUUAUUCCUAACAUCCAGGAACAGUUCGCAAAAGAUGCCGAAUCUACAAGCCGGCACCUGAAAUUUCAAAUGAUGACUCCACAUAUCAUUGGAUCAAGUGUGCACUUGUUCAUCAGCUAUCAUUGCGGCGAUGCUUCUGGACAAAACAUGGUUACCAUUGCAACACAGAAAGCCUGUGAUGAACUAAGAGAGUCACUGCGAGGCGGAAAGCAUAAGGUGAAGCAUUUUAUGAUCGAAGGUCAACUGGCCUCGGACAAAAAGCCGUCCUGGGGCAGUGUGAAAAACUGUAGAGGGGUCGAAGUAAUUACAUGGGGUUCCCUCUCAAACCAAGUUUGUGAAAGUGUCCUCGGAUGCACUUCAUCCAGCCUAUACACCAUGUGCAACAUCUGGAAAGAAGGAGGAAUCCGCAACGGCCAAUUUGGAGAUAACGGAAAUACAGCAAAUAUUAUUGCUGCAAUAUUUAUUGCCACUGGUCAGGACGCCGCGAGUGUUGCGGAGGCAAGCUGGACACAUCUCGUUCCUGAAUAUGACUACGCGACAAAAGAUCUUAAAUUCUCAUUAUACUGUCCCUCGUUGCCAGUGGGGACCAUUGGUGGAGGGACAGGCUAUGAGUCCCAGCAGGCUUGCUUGAAGUUGAUGAAAUGUGCCGGACCGGGCAAGAAAGGCCAGUUGGCGGGAUUGAUUGCUUCAUUCGCUCUUGCAUUGGAUAUCAGCACAGGCGCUGCUCUUACGAACAAUACGUUCUCAGAGAGCCAUGGCAGACUUGCGCGGGGUGUGGACUCUCUGCCUAGGCCCAACCUCUGA